AUGUUUUAUCUAUUAUUUUAUAUCAUCAUAAACAAACUGAUAUACCCCAUGCUCACAAACUAUGUUUUUGGAAGAGAUUCAGGAAUCUGGGCAGAGAGUUCGGAAAAGUGGGACGAAGCUCACUCCAGCUGGAAGAUAGUUGGCCACGAUCCGAGACGGAUUCUAAGAGAUGAGGUAUGUCUUCAGGACAUGUCUCAGGAAAAGAUGUCCCAGGAAAUAUUCCAUAAAUCAUCAAUAGAACAUAUCUUUGAAUAUGAGGGGAGUUUUGAUAUUACAGACAACACGUGUAUUGUAGAUAGUAUACAAGGCCACUGCCAUGAUAGCGGCCAUUGCGCCAGGAAUAUAUGCUCUGUGGAGAAUAUAUACUAUCUGGUGUCGUAUACUUCUGGCAAGACAUGCACUGCAUCUUCAAAAUUCAGGAUAGAUCCUGACCUGUAUGUCAUAAUUGAGGCCGAUAGGGGAGAGGACUGUGUUCAGGUGAAGGAGAGAAUAAAGGGCGCUGCAGGAGAAGUAAAAAAAAUUUUAAGAAAAGCAACACAGAAAGACAUUGAUAUUUUGGAGAAGAAAAAAGCCCAGGAGAUCAAGGCAAUUGACAAAUGUAAUUUAUUAGUGAGGGAAAGAGGUCUUCCAAUGGAGAUAACGGGAUGUGAGUAUCAAUGGGACAUGAAGAAGAUAACAUUCUAUUUUGUGAGUGACAGAAGAGUGGAUUUUAGGGAGCUAGUUAAUGAUCUGUUCAAAUACUUCAAGGUAAGAAUAUGGAUGAGUAUGGAAAACAGAAAAUGA